CACAGUUAUCGCAGGUAGUUCAGGCGUGUCUCUUGUACACUAUAUAAUGAUUAUUACUGUUCACUCAAAACUGAAAUACAAAUUAAAACUGUUUCAAAACUAACUUAACUAAGUAUAAUUUAUUUUACUCGCGAUGUUUGAGUGGUUGACAAUUUAAUGUUUUCGCAUGUCCCUAUACAAAAAUAUAUAUAAGUAGACUGUUAAUAGUUGGCAGUUGCAAUAAUGGUACGUGUAACAGCGAUAUUGUGAGAUUGUACAGAUAGAUGAUAGAAUGGUUCCAUACUUCCAUGUGCUGCAGCAGUACAGAAUACAGAUUAGUUAAGGAGAUUCAACGAAUCGAUACGAUACGACGAUAAUGGUACAUUAGUAUUUAGUACCUAGUGAAAGUUCAAGUUAUGAUUUCAAUGAAAAAUUAAUGUACUUAGACGGGUGCUUAGUAGUUGCAGUAAACGGACGUGUAAUUAGAGCUCAUAAGUUCAUGCAUAUCAAUCUUGCUAUAUAAGGCGUAUUAAAUGGUAUUAAGAAAAAUCGGACAGAUGUAAGUUUGUAUAAUUUCGGCAAUAGAAUUAUCGGCGAAAAAGUAUCAUUUAUUAUAAAAUCAUGCCGACUGUGAAUGAGAACAAUUUGGAGUUAGAAAAAGUAUCGUCAAACUCAGUGAUCAUCAUACAUCCAGGAUCUUUGUAUCUACGAAUUGGCCGUGCGAGUGAUGUUACUCCAUUCAAAUAUGUUCAUGGUUUGGCCAGGGUUAAUCUACUUUCAGAGAUUAGAAAUAGGAGGGACCAAAUAUUACCAAAUUUCCCGUACAAAAACUCAGACACAUUAGCAGCCAUGGAAGACAGUAGACUGCAAGCGUCUCAUAUGCUACAGUCAAGCUUGCAGUCCAAUGGUGACAGAAGAUAUGCAACACCGCCUCAACAAAUAGCAGCUUAUAAUCGAAAUUCUGUCCCGAAAUACAAGGAUAAUGUACCACGUGCUCACACUAAGUCAUCUUUAGUUGGUGAUAUUGUGUAUGGAGAAGAAAUUUUCAAUAUAGCCCCUGAACUGGAUUAUAAUGUUUUCUUUCCAAUACUGAAUGGGGAAUUAAACAUUAAUGGCCAAAUUGGAGGUUCGUUAACAGCUGUUUUAGCAGAUCUGGAAACCAUUUGGACACAUUGUAUAAACAAAUUACUAAAUAUUAAGACUUCAGAAUUUCAUAACUACAAAGUGAUUCUAAUUAUUCCAGACAUAUUCAACAGAGUUCAUGUUAGAGAAAUGAUGUCAAUGAUAUUAUUGAGUAUGAAGUUUAAAGCUUGUCUUCUUAUACAAGACCAUGUUGCGGCAACUUAUGGUGCAGGUUUGGGUUAUGCAUGUGUGGUAGAUGUUGGUCACAGGAAAACAUCAGUGAGCUGUGUAGAAGAUGGUAUUUCUCAAAUAAACACACGGAUUAGAUUACGCUAUGGUGGAGGGAAUAUUACUCAAACAUUUCAUUGGCUACUUAAAAAAUGUAGUUUCCCGUAUCAUGAAUGCAAUCCCAUGACUAAUUAUUAUGACGCCAUACUACUAAAUCAAUUGAAACAAGAGUUUUGUCAUUUAAAUUUGGAUAGAUGUGGUGCUGUGCAAAAAACGGUGACCGUAAUGAGACCUACUAAAAAACAAAUACAAUACACAAUACAGGUUGGUGAUGAAGCAAUGAUAGCAGUCUUAGGCAUGUUCAAUCCAAUGUUGUUAGGUAUCAUUGAUAACAACCAUUAUGUGAUUCAAGAAGCAUCCAAGUCACUACCUGAAGAUCCUUAUGAUGAAGAAUUUUUAAGAGAAACCAGUAGACGUGGCACUGGUCGUGAAAUGGAAACUGAAACACAAAUCGAAAACAGUAUUGUGCACAACACUGAAGAAGAAAUAUGUGUUGAUCAAAUUGAAACUGCAGGAAAUUAUUUUGACAUUGAAACAGGAAGACCACAAAGUCUUGAUAAAGUCAUUGUACAAAGUAUUGAACGGUUAACUUCGGAUGAAAUUAAAAGAAAAAUGUAUAGCAGCAUAUUAGUGGUAGGCGGUGGACUUAAAUUUGAUGGGGCGUGCGCUUGGUUAAAAAGCAAAAUAUCAUUAAAUGCACAACAGGUUUAUUACGGAGGGCAUAUUGAAAUUAUAAGCUCACCAAAAGAUUUGGACCCACAAAUUGUUACAUGGAAGGGUGCCGCCAUACUUGCUGGUUUAGAAUCAUCUAAUGAACUUUGGAUAAGUGGUAAAGAAUGGUCUUCGUGGAGUAUUAGGAUUUUAAAAGAAAGAGCAAUGUUUAAUUGGUGAUCAUUGAUCAGUCAAUGUUGAUUUUUAAUUUUUUUUAAUUGUAAACAUGGAUUGGAAACUUAAUUUAUUUGUUUGUACAAAUUCCAAAAUAUUUUAAAAAAUAAUUUUUCUAGU